CGGACGGACCCCGAUGACGACACUCAUGGGGUUCAUGAUUAUUGUGGCGAAAAAUGAAAGUGUUGCCGCUAACGGAUGAACGAAGCCAGGCACUGUCGGAUCGGAAGAAAGUGUCCGAUCCAAGGGCUGUGCCACGAUCAGUUAAACCAUCGUACUCACAUUGUCAAGGUCUAGUCCAACGGCGGCGGUCACAGAGUGGCUCGCGUGUGUCCGUAGUUCCGAGAGUAGGGAAGAGAUUACCCAAUAUCCGAAGAUAGUGCAUUUUAUAAUUAAUGAGCUUUUUUAGUGAUCUGCCAAAAUAAUACAACAUUUCAAUGAAGUAGGCAAACUCUUAAUAUGUAACAAACCGGAUUUUCACAACAUUCAACAAUAUUUAUCAAUGAGAUAAUGAACGACCGAAUCCAAUGAAAAGGAACGUGGAAGUGAAGAGACGCGACUGCAAAACGCAUAGUAAUAAUUGAAACAAACAAGAAAGACUAGACGACGGAGAGUGCGAACACGAAAAAAGAAGAAACAUAAAUUAAGCAAGAGAAAAAAAUGCAGUUCAAAUCAACUGUGAUAGUGACCGCACUGGCGGUUAUGCUGUCCGGAGCGGUAAGAAGGUGCAGCGGAGCAGCAGCAGCGAAUAAUCAGAGUGAUCUGGAUUACCGAAGCGGGCGAUUCCUGUUCGAUGCACUGUUCGGCCUGGAAGGAGCGGCAUUUUCACUGGAUGACGAUGGACCCGAUUUGACCGGCAACCAGGUCAAAAGUUGCGAUUGCGAAUGCGGCACCGCAAACCAAGAGACUCGCAUCGUCGGUGGGCGGCCAACCGGUGUCAAUCAAUAUCCGUGGCUGGCUCGGCUGGUAUACGACGGGCAGUUCCACUGUGGAGCCUCCCUGAUCACCCGGGAUUAUGUUCUUACGGCAGCGCAUUGCGUGCGCAGACUAAAGCGCAACAAAAUACGAGUGAUCCUCGGUGAUCACGAUCAGUUCUUGACAACGGAAACGCAGGCAAUACAGCGAGCUGUAACGGCCAUCAUCCGGCACCGAAGCUUCGACCAAAACUCCUACAAUCACGACAUAGCGCUACUCAAGCUGCGAAAACCGGUCGAUUUUACGAAAACCAUUAAACCGGUGUGUCUGCCGAAAGAUCGCAGCGAAUUUGCCGGUAAAACUGGAACCGUGGUCGGUUGGGGCAGAACGUCCGAGGGCGGAGCCCUGCCGGGUAUCGUUCAACACGUGGAUGUUCCAAUUCUAACGCUAGAGCAGUGCCGCAGUAUGAAGUACCGGGCAUCACGAAUCACAUCCAAUAUGUUAUGCGCUGGCAAAGGCAAACAGGACUCGUGUCAGGGUGAUUCGGGUGGUCCGCUUCUGGUUCGGCACGGGGACAAGCACGAGAUCGCUGGAAUUGUUUCCUGGGGCGUCGGCUGCGGUCGGGCAGGCUAUCCAGGAGUUUACACAAGAAUUGUGCGGUAUUUGCCCUGGAUACGAGCCAACAUGGAGGAGACCUGUUUGUGUACAAAGUAGGUUGACCGAAGAGCGGGCUGCAACCGCGAAAAACGAGAUACGCGCGAAGAUGAAGGAGCAAAUUAGGCAAAAUUUACGAUUGAAUUGUGUAAAUAAAAUAAUAAAGUAGCGACGAAAGUUUAAGGAGGCAAAAGAAAUCCAAUGCAAGCAAUGUUCUAUGGAGGAAUUUGAGCGUUUAUCGACGUUUGAUUUCAAUAUUACAUUACGUUACGGUUAGCAAAAAAGGCCACUGAAACGGACUUAAAACCUGUGUAAACCUGUGUUGAAGCUUGAAUCGGUAGAAUGCUUUCAACUGAUUUGAAUGAACAAUAACACCGCAAAAAAAUUGAUGAAGAUAAUAUCACAUGCUACAUGUUCUCGUUCGAACCCAGCAAAAAAAUAUACCGACAGUUGGCCUGCUUACAGCAAAUUAAAAUGAUUCAUUUCUGCUCUACCGAUUUGUAACCGAACAGAUGAUCGUUAUCUUGUUGCUGAUGGGUUCAGUAUAAAGAGUAAAGAUGAAACAAAGAACGGUAACCCUUAAAGUACGAGCAAGAAGCGAAUACAUUUAGCAACGGUAUAUUUGUUUGCUGAUGCAGUGCAUUCCCGUACCAGUAAUUAACCAAACUGGAACUGUCGUGUAAGCGCGCUAAUGCGAAAAUUGGCUGAUUAUUAGGUGCUGUGCCACUUAACGGGGUUUGAUUAUAAGGACUGAAGCGAAAG